AUGUUUAUUCCGCCGCGAGAUUACCGGCAGAAGCACUACUUUUUGUUGGAGAUCUCGGCCGACAAGGUAGCAGGGCUGAUCCAGAAACUGCCUGAGCUGAACUACGAGCAUCCCUCGCGCGCCGUGGACAAGUACCAUGUUUUUUCUGUACACAAGGACAAAGAGGCUGAACCAGGGCUGUUGUCCCUAGAACAGCUGAAAACGCUCCACCGCGAGCCAGAGCGACUGCAUAAACGCGAGAACGGUCUCAGCAACGUGCUGGCAGACGCAGGAGUGCGAUCUGUCCACAUGCUGCCGCCCAAAAGGCUCGUGCACAGAGCACCGGUACCGGCUGUCGAUUCGUCCAUGGAGCCCAUAGAGACCGCAAAGAAGGACUUCCGCAUCGACGACCCCAUCUUCCCCGAGCAGUGGCACAUUCUGAACGCCAACUUCCCGGGCCACGACGUCAACGUGGUUCCUGUAUGGAAGCGCAAUAUUACCGGAUCGAACGUGGUCACCGCGUUGGUCGACGAUGGCCUGGACUACGAAAGUCCCGAUCUUGCGAGCAACUUCUGCAGAGAGGGGUCCUACGACUACAAUGACAACAGCCCGCUGCCCAAGCCGCGUCUAUCGGACGACUACCACGGCACACGGUGCGCGGCAGAGAUAGCAGCCGCCAAGGGCAACGGGUACUGCGGCGUUGGCGUGGCGUACGACUCCAAGGUGUCUGGAAUCCGCAUACUGUCGGGCGAGAUUACGUCUGAGGACGAGGCAAUUGCCAUGAUCCACGGUCUCGACGUGAACGACAUCUAUUCGUGUUCGUGGGGCCCGCCCGACGACGGGCAGUCGAUGGACAUGCCGGAAAAAGUCGUCCGCGAGGCCAUGAUAAAGGGCAUCCAGCAAGGCAGAAAGGAGAAAGGCGCGCUGUACGUGUUUGCGAGCGGGAACGGCGGCUACCACAACGAUAACUGCAAUUUCGAUGGAUACACAAACAGCAUAUAUUCCAUCACAGUGACCUCGAUAGACCACAAGGGACUGCAUCCGCCGUACGCCGAGUCGUGCACCGCCGUGAUGGUGUCUACGUACUCCUCCGGCUCGGGCGAGCACAUCCAUACGACCGACGUCAACAACCAGUGCACGGCUGCGCACGGCGGCACGUCUGCUGCUGCUCCAUUGGCAGCAGGAAUUUAUGCGCUUGUUUUACAGGCCAAUCCAGACCUCACGUGGCGUGACGUGCAGGCGCUGACGGUGAAGGAGGCAACGGAAGUCAACUCGAACGACCCGAGCUGGCAGGACUCGUACAUUGAGGGUCGUCGCUACUCGCCGGUCUUUGGCUGGGGGAAGCUGGACGCAGACCGCAUGGUGCAGGCGGCGCAGAACUGGACCCUUCUCAAGCCGCAGGCGUGGUACUACUCGCCCGUACAGCAUGCGAACAAAAAAGUCGACAACGUUGGCUCUGUCACAACCACGUUCGAGGUGACGGGCGACGACCUGGUGGCUGCCAAUUUGGAGCGGAUCGAGCACGUGACCGUCACGGUGAACAUCGCGGCGGAGCGACGCGGCGACGUGGAGGUGACACUUGUGUCGCCGAACGGGAUCAGGUCGGACCUGGGCCAGAGCAGAAAGCGCGACCGCAACAGUGACGGGUUCCGCAACUGGACCUUCUCGUCAGUCGCGCACUGGGGGGAGCCUGGCCCGGGUAACUGGACUUUGGAGGUGCGCAACACAAACGAGCGCAACAAGCUCACGUUCGAAAACUGGCAGCUGCGAUUUUUCGGCGAGUCUCUCGAUCCAAAAAAGGCCAAACGAUUCAGCUUGGACGAGGAUUACAGUGCG